CUUGACCUAUUUUGUGAAGCCGUAAACGAAAGCUGGCGGUUUGUUUAAAACUGGCGCAAUGGACACAUUUAAAAAACUACACCUUCCAUGGAAUUUCGGAAAACGGUAUAAUAUAAUGGAAGGAAAAGAAAACUCUUAUUAUAAUACACCAAAUUCAAAGAUAAACCACACAGUUGAAAAUGACGAUGAAGAAGUUCAACCCAGACGACUUAGGCGCAAUACAAGCUUGACAAAAUCUGUCAGGGAUGUUGUUGGAACAUUACGGCAGAAAAUUAAAACAUCAACAAAGCGAAGAAUGAGAUUUAAAGACCAUGAUGAGAUUGCUUCACCAACUCGGUCAAAGAUCACAAAGCAGAAAAAGAGCAAAUGUUUUUCCAAAAUUCCUGCAACGCCUAAAAGUAUGAAGAACACAAUUGUUUACAGAGAGGUGAAAUUGUAUUCUCCAUUUCAAAUUGAAACUCCACCAGCAAAAACUCCCCCUGGAAUAAGAACAUCAACACGUACUCGAGCACAACUUCAUCAGUUGGAAACUCCAACUAGACUGAGGAGAGAAGUGGAAUCUCUUACAGCUAACAUGCAGGCUCUAGCCACACUCUCACCAAAUGACUUACAGCAACGAACAACAAGGCAGCGUGGCAAGUCUCCAUUAACAAAUGGAAGUUUUCAGAGGACAGGAAUUAGGACAAGCCUGCGUAUACAGAAUCGUCAGAGGAUGGAAACCAAUUUCCUGUAAACAACUGCCAUGUUCAGACUUUGAGGAAGACAUCUCACUUAAUAUUGCAUGCCUCUGCUAUAUUUAUUAAACAGUAUUAUUAUUAUGAAAUCUAUUGCAUGUAUUUCCAUAUUUAUUCAUUUCAUACCCGUUUAUCUUACCUCAUAUUUAUUUUAUCUAUGUUUAUCCAUUUGUAAACAUAAUUCUACAGCCAUAUGUCCUAUUCUUUCUCACUGUCUUCUUUCACUUGACUUUUUUGUCUGAAGCAUAAUUAAUACAUCGAACAUUUCAAUUUUAUACAACCACUCUACAUUUUAAUUCUAAUUUCCGGGUAAGUAAGGUGAAAUGACUUUACAGAACUUUACCUUUAAUGGUUUUACAUAAUACUUUAAAAAUUGUAAAUAAAUAAUUUUAGCUUAAUAUUUUUACAUUUGUUGCCAGUGA